AUGUCUGACCCGUCGUCUUCGGCCGCGGCUGAAGCUGCGGCAAAGGCAGCUGCCCAUGCCGUCGCCAAAUUCAACAAGGAGCUCUGGACGCUUUACGGCUUCGGCAUCACCUUCACUCUUCUGCGCACCUAUGCCCGCGUCAAGGCCCGCGGCUUUGGCGGCCUCGCCAUUGACGACUAUACCAUCUGGGGCGCCAUCGUCUUCUACUCCGCCCAGUACACCCUCGCCUUCUUUGCCGUUAACCAUGCUGGCGGCAUGGCCAACAAUUCCAUGACCGAUCCCCAGCGCGCUGCCCUGGACGUCAACUCGACCGAGUACAAGCACCGUAUUCUUGGCUCCAAGAUCCAGGUCGCCGGCUGGACCAUGUACAUCUGCCUCAUCUUCCUGCUCAGAAUGUCCAUGUUGGUGUUCUACACCCGCCUGACGGAAGGCCUGGGCCGCACGUACCGCAUGCGCAUCAACAUUGGCUACCUCAUCAUGGUCUGCACCUUUAUCGUCUCCAUUGUCACCAUGUACAGCUCCUGUCGUCCUCUGCGUGGCUACUGGCAGAUUAGCCCGAACCCAGGCAAAUCGUGCCAGGCUGCCAUCUCGAUGCCCAUCGUCUGGUCCACGUUCUCCUCCAGCAUCAUUGACGAUCUGUACCUGAUCAUGAUUCCCCUGCCGAUGCUCUGGAGCACCACCCUGAAGCCCAUCAAGAAGAUUGCCUCCUCUUUUGUUUUGGGUGCUGGUGUUUUCGUCCUGAUCUGUUCUCUGCUCAAGACCGUCUUCGUCAUGACUGACAGCGUGAACGGCGCGACUCUGGCCGGUUCUUGGGGCACCCGCGAGUCCUUUGCCUCGGUCAUCAUCACGAACCUGCCGAUGGUGUUCCCGCUGAUACGAUCGCUGCUGUCGCCUGUGUUUGGUGGCCUGCUCUCCACCCAGAAACAGCAGUACAAGACCCCCGGCGGCUUCCGCACCAUUGGCGGCGGCACGUCCAACAUCAGCGGCCACACACGCAACGGUCGCACAAUGGCCGCUAGCGCUGGCGGUACCAACCUAUCGAUGAACGAGAGCGAGGAGCACAUUGUGCGCGGCAUCCGCAUGGACAACAUGAACGUCUUCUCCGGGCAGAGCAGUGCCGACACGACCGUGCCGCACAAGGGCAUCGUCAUGACCAACGAGUUUGAGGUGACGACAGACCAAAGCAGCAUCAAGCACGAAGUGUAA